GGACGUGAAGAACGAGGGGGGGAAAACUCUCUAUAAAGUGCGGUGGAAAGGAUACACCUCUGAUGAUGAUACCUGGGAACCAGAGGCUCACUUGGAAGACUGCAAAGAAGUGCUUCUUGAAUUCAGAAAAAAGAUUGUGGAUAACAAGCCUAAAUCUGUUAAAAAAGAAAUACAGAAACCAUUUCUAAAUGAUGAUAUAUUUGAAGCAGAGUCUGACAGCGACUUGCAAAGUGAAACAAAAGAUGAUGAUGUUUCACCAAAGAAGAAAAAGAAGAAGUCAAAAGAGGGAGAGGAUAAAAGUUCAGAUGACCUGAAGAAGAAAAAAUCUAAGUCUCCAAAAGCCAAGGAAAAACCCAGAACAGAAUGUGAAAAUUCCUCAGAUACUUUGGUUUUAGAUUCAAAGCCAAAAAAAAGGACUUUAGAAACUAAGGAGGAUUCAAAAGACCCAAAGAAGCAAAGGAAAGAAGAUACUAAAGAAAUCAAGAAAAAGAAGGGAGAAGAUUUAAAAAUAAAAUCUAAAGAAGAUUCUAAGUACAUACAGAAGUAUGGAGAUGUUCAGUUGGACUCAGAAUCAAGUCCUGUGGAUGAUUCAAUUUCUCAAGUGACUUAUAAUGAAAAUUCAAACAUAAAUUCUGAAAAUAAAGAUGAGAAACAAAAGGUAAUAAGUGGAGAAGAGAGAUUGGAACAAGAAAUUGAUGAAAAAGAUGGCAUUCCUGAUAAAUAUCUUGAUGGAUCAGCAAGUAAUGAAGAUGAUGGUAUUGAUACUAGGGCUAAAAGAAAGAAGAAGAAAAUUCAGAAAGCAGAAGACUGUAGAGAAGAAGAUGGAAAAGUAGAAAUUCAGGAUAGUCAUUUAGAGAAGAAGAGCAUGCACAAAAGGCAAACAGGUCAAGAAAAAGUACCAGGAGAGUUGGAGAUGGUGUCACCUGCUCCUUCACCAGUGCAGAAGGGUGUGAAACUGAGUGUGGAUGAAAGGGUGUGCAGGCCCAUGGAUUCCCCUGGGGAGGAAAAAGAAGUAAAGAAAACUGAAAUUAAAGAAAAAUCUCAAAAAAAGGAGCCUGAAAAAGAAGAAAAAACCAGAAAAGAACAGAAAGUCCUAAAAAAUGGCAAGCAGCAAGUCCUGAGUUUGGGUAUGGACAUGCAGUUAGAGUGGCUGACACUAGAAGAAUUCCAGAAGCAUCUGGAUGGAGAAGAUGAGAAUCAUGUAUCAACAGAACCAAUAUCAAGUGCUCACCUCAGAGAUGCUGUUAAAAGUGGAGACUACAUGAAGGUGAAAAUGGCGCUUUCUUCAAAUGAGGAAUAUAAUUUGGAUCAAGAGGACCCAAGUGGAAUGACCCUGGUAAUGCUUGCUGCUGCUGGAGGGCACGACGACCUUCUGCGGGUGCUGAUCAGGAAAGGAGCUAAAGUUAAUGGUAGACAGAAAAAUGGAACAACUGCAUUGAUACAUGCAGCUGAAAAGAAUUUUCUAACAACGGUAGCUAUUCUUCUGGAAGCUGGAGCAUAUGUGAACAUGCAGCAGAGCAGUGGUGAGACUGCCUUAAUGAAGGCUUGUAAAAGAGGGAAUUCUGAUAUAGUGCGGCUCAUGAUUGAAAGCGGAGCCGACUGCAACAUUUUGUCCAAGCACCAGAACAGCGCAAUGCAUUUUGCUAAACAGUGCAACAACAUACUGGUGUAUGAGCAGCUCAGGAGCCACUUGGAAACGCUCUCAAAAGUAGCAGAAGAUACCAUCAGGAAUUAUUUUGAAACUCGCCUUGCUUUGCUGGAGCCAGUGUUCCCAAUUGCGUGUCAUCGUCUCUGCGAAGGGCCAGACUUUUCUUUGGAUUUUAACUAUAAACCUCCACAGAAUGUGCCAGAAGGAUCUGGAAUUCUUCUCUUUAUUUUCCAUGCAAAUUUCUUCGGUAAAGACAUUGUUGCUCGGCUCUGUGGACCAUGCAGUGUACAAGCUGUGGUUUUAAACGACAAAUUCCAGCUCCCUGUAUUUUUGGACAGUCACUUUAUUUAUUCCUUCAGCCCUACUGCAGGCCUUAACAAGCUUUUCAUACGGUUGGCAGAAGCUCCUACUGCCAAGGUGAAGCUGCUCAUAGGAGCUUACAGAGUGCAGCUGCAGUGACCUCUGAGCACGCCAUGAGUGGACUGACACUUUUUGGAUAUACUUCUGAUUCCUCUGUUCAGAGACUGACAAAGCAGUUUGGAACUUUUUGGCACCACACUGAAGACUCAGUUGCCAGCUCGCCACUCGUUGGCAGUCGCAGGAAGUGUGUGUUGGAGAGCAGUUGAGUACGCUGCACUGGUGGGACAGGGUUGUCAGCUUUUUUUACUUUGUACAGAUGUAGAUGUAAGUAUUUGUGCCAAUACAUAUAACUCUGUUUUUCUUUAACUUGUGGAGUCCAGACUGCAUAUUUCAGCUUUUCCACAAUGUGGAAUGGUGCAUAUAAGAACUAUUUAAGGUAAUUACAUGAAAUGUCUUUUUUAAAGAUCUUCAUUUGUAAACUAAAAUUUUCUACUUACUCUUAACAUUUCUAUGUGAAAUGCAGACCUGUCAUAUUAUUGGAGCCAUGGGAAGAAAUUACACUUUAAAUGACUGCAUUAGGUUUAACUUUUAAGUUACUGAGGGCUGUGUUCUGUUUUAAAACUGCUUCUGUUCCUGUCUCUCAAUGAGACCCCAGUUAUGCUUAGAGUGAUUCUCUUUGAACUAACAGAGUUCAGUCUGCAGGUGUGAACAAAGACAUCUGAACAGGCUCCAUUCGCAGAAGGGUCUCAGUCAGGUUCCCAGUUAAAUCUCUGCUUUAACCUGCUUUGGUAUUAGAGAAUCAUCUGGUAGUUUUACAGACAACUUUUGAGGUCUUAGGUGACAUCUAAGAACAAAUACAAGCUGCAAAUAGCAGACCAGAAAACUUGUAGCUACCUUCAGUGUCCAGGCAGUGCUUUUUGUAGACGAGAAGAUACAUAGAGAAUUUCAGAUGUCCUCAGCCUGACAGAUGACAGAACAUGUGUUGUCCUUUACUUCAGAAAUUCAGUUCCUCAGUGCGAAAAGCUGCUAUCUUUUUAUCUUAUUAUUAUAUUACUAUUUUAUUUAAAUGACCCAUUUUAUCAGAUGACAGCAGUUUUGUAGUGAUCCUGUGCUGUAAAAUAUAAAUGUAAUACUUCUGCAUGGAGUAUAGAAUAUCUUUCUUUGUAAAUUAACCAACUUCUUGAAAGGUAGGAAAAAGCAAACCAGAUCGUGCCUUUGCUGUUCUAGUUGUCGUGUGUAGUUUACAUGCCACUGUGUGCCUAUAUUAUUAGCAAGACUUGUGCAUAAAUUCUUGAUAAUUUUGAUUGCUCACCAUCCAAAUGGUGCAGCUGUAUGAAGUAUCAUUUUAAGAACUGUGAUUUUUUUAAUAUAAAUUUCAGUUAACCAGUUUUUAAUUUUUGGUUCUUAAAGUUUUACAUCUUUCAUACUUAAGAGAUGCCAAAUGAGUAAUGAAGGACACAAUUUUUGUGGAAUGUCACAUUAAGCUAUAUAAAACUAGAACAGCAGCAUGACAUAGAAAUACUUGUUUCUGUUUUGAUUUAGAAUAGUUGCUUAUGUUUUUGCACAGUAUUGAUGAAAGCUUAACAAAUUUGGGUUUUGAACAGACUUUAUACCUCCACCUCUCUGAAAUAUGUUAGAUACCUCACUUUGCUAAGUGUGAACACCUGAGAUGCAUGAAAAGCACUGGCUGAGAAUCAGGUAUGUCACUGCCAACACUUGGGACUUUGUGUAGCUGAAAUUGUAGUCCCUGUGCAUAAGCCUGGAUGAUGCAUAAGGAAAGGGGACACUUGUGUUUCCUUAUGCUGGAGUGCCAGGUUCCAUCGGCAUGGCUGCCCCUGGCAGUCACUCCUGCAGGACGUGUGGCAGCACAGUGUGUGUGGCACAAGCUCUGUACAGUACCUGCCAGUGGGAAAUGCUGGAGCUGCUCCAGCAGGGGAUAAAAGGUGUUUUGAUCAAAUGUCCAAAUGAUAGAGAUGCUAUCUAGAAACUGUUGUACAGUCUAACCUAAAAAUGUGUAGUAAUGCUCCAAGAGUUGAUAGAGCAAGUAGUUUGUCAGAGGCUGUUGAUUUGGGGAGUUGUUUUGUUUUUUAUCUUGAGGCACUUGGGAGAGAGGGAGGAGUUCUACAGAACAUGGGAAUAAAAUCUGGGUUUCAUGAUGCUUUUAUUAGGGAUGAAUAUUUUGCAGCCAUCUUUCUCUUUUAGUUGGCAGUAUAAAUUCAGAAUCCCUAUUGAAGAUGCAUAAGAAGUGUAUGAAAAGCUGUUUGAAGCUGGGUUUUGUCGGUUUGUAUUGUAUGAGUUUUACCCGAUUGCUGAAAAAGGUUUUGGUGGACAAAGGAUGAAGAGAAAGUAGCUACAAUAAAAAACAAUUAUUUAGGCACUGUGGAGAAAUACCUGUGAAGUACUUGCUCAGUUUCUUCUUGCUGCCACCAGCAAGGGCUGCAGCUGCAGUUCCCAUGAACUGCAGAGGUAGCAGAUGGUUCUGAAGGCUCAGGGUUUUUACCUUCACUGUUCCAGCACCGGUACUGCUGUUCUGGCUUCUUGCACCAGUGCUGAAGGUUGGUGGGUGAUGCAGCUGACCAUGUCACAGGCCUUCAUUGCUUUCUGCACCCAUUUGCAAAAACAAAAUGGGUUUUCAUCAGUCUGAAUUUAAGAAAGAUGUGUACUUUUCACCUUCUGAACAUGGCUAAAAUGUUUGAGUGAGGGACAAAGACAAGUUUGGAAAAAAACACCUGAAAAAGACACCACACACUAGAAAUUUGAGCAGAACUGAGGCAGCAGGAAAAAUUAAGCUUUAAAAGGGUUUCUCAAAGCUCAGAUACCUCAAGUAUAGCAGACAGCAAGAAGGAACCAGGCCGAGGAUGGCUCUUUCUGACUUCAGGUCUCCUGUUUUUCUACAGCAAACCAGUCAUGCGUGAUAACUAGAAAUUAAUCUUUUUCGAGAAUGUCUGUAAUAGUUCCUGCAUGAUCUGAAGUGUAAGGAACUCCUCUGAUCAGUUAGUUACUGGUCACACUCCUGCAGUUACAGUAGAGGGGUCAGACCUUCCCAUUGUCUCCCUCUGCUGCUGUGGCUCUUGCUCUUAAGGGAAGGCACAGCUCUGCUGCUGAGAAACCCAAACCAUGCAAAUGGGAACUGAAGACAUUGUUACACACCCAGGGAGAUGAGGGCCUGUUCCAAAACUGGAUUGGCUGCAACUGUGUGGGCAUGGGCCACCAGAGCUUGAGGAGACAGGGUUAUCCAUGUGGUGACAUCUCAAUCUGUAGUGCAGACUCCCACUUCCUAAUGAGAAGUCUUGCACCCUUGUAUGGACUUUGCCUAGCCAAGAACAGUUUGAUGAAUUUGGGAAGAGAGCCCUGUUAGAGCAGCUGCAUGUCCUACACUGAAUACAGCCCUCCAGAGGGGGAGAGGGGAAGGUGCUGUCCCAGUCCCUCCCACCUGUAAAGAUUGUGCUGACAGUUUUUCUCAAAAAGUCUUUACAAGGUUGCUUGAGACCUGUAUGCUUGCACAGGAGAUAUAAAACUUUGGGUGUUCCCUCACCUUUAUAGAUCUGUCAGCUCUGCUGUGUCAAUAUCAGAGUAGUUCUUUCAGUGAAUAGCAGGGUUAAGAUCCCUAAAACCACAAGUGAACCUCCAGACCAAGUCCUCUGCAUCCACCCUUCCUGGAACCAAAGCAUUACCAGGAAGCCCCCAAUGGUUCCACAGUGCAGGGAGUCCAGGUAAGUACAGCCACACGGUACUGCCUUGUACUGCUUUUAUUAGCAGCAUGGUGCACCACUGCCAUGCACUGAAACAAUGGAACAAAACUGCCACCAUGCUGUGCACCACUGCCGUGAGCCUGGCUCCAUCUUCUCUACGCGCUUCUCUUACGCAGCCAGAUUAACAGGAUCUCUUAACCACCCCUACACCUCCUGCUCUCCAGCUGGAAGAACCCCUGCUGCCUGCCCCUGUGGCUCCUGUGCUCCACAGCCUUCUGACUGCCCAAUGCCUUCCAUGGGGUUUGUUCCCACAUCUUCUUGUCUCCAAGAGCCCAGAACUGGGCACAGUGUUUCAGCUGCAGUCUCAGAAGUGCUGAAUGGAGAGAUUGCUCUUUUGGCCCCUGCUCAGCCAUGAUUUGUUAAUGGAGUCCAGCAUGGGGGUGGACACCUUCAUCUUCACUUGUCCCUCGGGACCUCACACCAGCCUCUGCAAAGCUUCUUCACCCCCAGGAUCUACAACUGCAUCAGCUUACUUCAGUUCCCACUGCAGGAUUUAACUGUAAGGUUCCAGUCAAGUCUUCAAUUCAUGUCCACUGCAUUGCUGAUUUCGGGAAAUAAAAAAUAAACAUCCUGUUACUAAUUUGAAA